ACCAGACAGUUCAAAAGGUUUAAACAAAAAUUCCACAUGGUAAUAACUCCACAACUUCAAAACUUCCAAUUGAAUCACUAAGAAAUCAUGUCUGAUGUUAAAUUGGCUAGAACCAUACAAAGGUUCCAAGCCAAGAUCGAUAGUGGAUCAUAUUAUGAAGCCCAUCAAACUUUAAGAACCAUAACCAAUCGUUACAUCAAGGCGAAUCAAUCUGAAGAAGCUAUUAAUCUUUUAUAUGAAGGUUCGAUCAUAUUAAGUAAACAUAAACAAUAUGCAUCUAGUAGUGAUUUGAUUUUAUAUUUGAUAUCGAUAUAUAAACAAUUUAAUAUUGUUGGUGGGGAAUAUAAGGGGAAAUUGAUUGAAUUGAUUAAUUCGAUUCCAAAUCAAGAAACUAAUAAUUUAUUAGAUAUAUCGAAACAAAGUAUUGAAUGGUCCAGAAGUGAUAUUAAUAAGUUUGGUGAUAAUGAAUUACAUAACGUGUUUGGGAUCAAACUUUUGAAAUCGAUUCAAGAAGAUGAUGAAGAUGUUAAAGAUGAAAAAGAUAAUAUUAAUGAAAGUGAUAAAGUUAUCAAUAAUGAAGAAGAAAAAUAUAAGUUAUUCACUAUUGCGGAAUUACAUUUAAUCUUGGGUACUUAUACAUCUGUCCCAGUGUAUGUUAAUUACUUGUAUCAAUGGUUUGAACUGACUGAAGGAGACGGAGUGGAUGCUGGAUUAUUCUUAAGUCGUGCUAUUAUAAAUUAUGGAUAUUUAAAGAAUUUAAAAUUUGUUAAAGAAUCCCGAGAUUUAUUCAUAAAUCAAUUAAUUAAAACUCAUACUGAUUAUGAAAUCAUUGAAGAAAAUGAUAAUAAAAUCUAUUAUUUUAAAUCUUAUCCAUUAUUAAAUUUCUUACAAUUAUUAAUCUUCACUAUUGAAAAGGAGAAUUCAUCUAAUAAAUUCUUGAAAUUAUAUGAUCAAUAUAAAUCAGUAUUAAAGACUUAUGAGAUUUUAACAUCAAUAGAAUAUUUCGGUAAGAUUUAUUUUAAUUUGAAAUUAGGAUCUACAAAUAAUCAAGGUAAUAUCUUAUCUAGCUUAAUGGGUGAUUUGUUUAAAUAAAAAGUAUAUAUAUAUAUAUGUAUAUUAUACUGGAAUAGUUUAGUCAUAAAAUAGUCAUAAUAAAAUAAUAAUGUGAUAAAA